CAGACGACUCUUGCAGAAGGCAGCCUGCCCUGCUGCGACUCACUGCACUGGGCACUGGCUCUGUUUACUGGAAGCCUGCUUCGGUGAAUCAAGCAAGUCUCUCAAUGCUGUGAGCGGUAUCUUUUCCCAAACGCGAGCCGCUUUAACUUUGCAGUACCAUUGAACCUCAUUCUCUCAUCCAGGGGAACUCGGCGUGGAUUGACAUCAACUGCAGUCUCCUUUUUUUUCUGCAGAGAACAGGUUUCACUGCCUGUUCGCUCUUCUUCCCUCUGUCUCUUCGGGUUUCUACUCUGUGGAUUGUUGCUUUGACUCCAGGCGAACAGGGGAGCAGAGAUUAAAUGCUCACGCAGAACUGUUGAUGAGUUAAGACUGAGCAGCACCUUGCCAUGGAAGAGUAUGUCCGGUCUGGGGGAAUGUAUGGGCUGAAGGAGGAACCAGCUGCCUGAUAAAGCCCUAUCUGUCCCAGAUAAGUGGAGCAUGCAUCAGAACUGCAGAGAUUCUCUCAACACUGCUGUGUUCUGAUCUGCAGAGGAGUUCCUGUUACAAUACUGCCUGCUUUCUACACACAGCUAUUGUCCAACAGAUUUUUUUCUGCCUCUGACUUCAUCGCAUUUAUCGUGACUGUUUUCUCAGAAAGGUGAGAGGAUCAAGGAUGAACAUCUUUGAGAGCUGUUUGCCUGGACUUUAACCCCCAGUCAUCGCUACCAAAUCAUGCAGAGACCAUCCACACAAGGCACUAUGGCAUGCUCUCUGUGGAAACUACCAACCUUCUGCUGGCUUAUUGCAAUGGCCCUAAUACAGUCUUCAGAGGGGUUUAUCCGGGCUGCCCUGCCGUUCGGCUUAGUGAGGAGAGAGCUGUCUUGUGAGGGUUAUCCGAUCGACCUACGCUGUCCAGGAAGUGAUGUCAUCAUGAUUGAAAGUGCCAACUACGGCCGAACUGACGACAAGAUCUGUGACGCUGACCCCUUCCAGAUGGAGAACAUAAACUGCUAUCUCCCAGACGCCUACAAGAUCAUGUCACAAAGGUGCAACAAUCGAACCCAGUGCAUAGUGAUCACAGGUUCUGAUGUCUUCCCAGACCCCUGUCCAGGGACCUACAAAUAUCUGGAGGUCCAGUAUGAGUGUGUUCCCUACAAAGUGGAGCAAAAAGUUUUUGUUUGUCCUGGGACCCUGAAAGCUGUCGGUGAUCCUUCCUUUCUCUUUGAAGCGGAGCAGCAAGCCGGGUCAUGGUGCAAAGACCCUCUACAAGCCGGUGACAAAAUCUACUUCAUGCCUUGGACUCCUUACCGGACAGACACACUCAUUGAGUACUCUUCCCUCGACGACUUCCAAAACGCCCGACAAACCAUCACGUACAAGCUCCCCCACCGGGUGGACGGCACUGGAUUUGUGGUCUACGAUGGGGCCGUGUUUUUCAACAAGGAGAGAACCCGCAACAUUGUAAAGUUUGACAUACGGACCCGAAUCAAAAGCGGCGAGGCCAUCAUCAAUAACGCCAACUAUCAUGACACGUCACCCUACAAGUGGGGUGGGAAAACGGACAUCGACCUGGCCGUGGAUGAGAACGGCCUGUGGGUGAUCUACGCCACAGAGCAGAACAAUGGCAUGAUGGUCAUCAGCCAGUUGAACCCUUACACACUGCGCUUCGAGGCCACCUGGGAGACGACGUAUGACAAGCGAUCGGCCUCCAAUGCCUUCAUGAUCUGUGGAGUACUCUACGUAGUGAGGUCCACAUAUGAAGAUAACGAGAGUGAAGUCAGCAAAAGCUUAAUAGAUUAUGUUUACAAUACCAAACAGAACCGUGGAGAGUAUGUAGAUAUCCACUUUCCCAACCAGUACCAGUAUAUCGCAGCUGUGGAUUACAAUCCCAGAGAUAACCAGCUAUACGUGUGGAAUAAUUUUUACAUCCUGAGAUAUAAUCUGGAGUUCGGACCACCCGAUCCCGCUCACGCUCCACCUCUCUCCGAAGCGACCUCGGCGCCGGCUGAGCCUCUCCGAACGACAACCACCACAACAACCACCACAGCAGCACGCAACAAAGGCGUAGCAAACACCAUGACCACAACAGGGCCCAAGGAGGGUAACAACAGAGGAGGGCCCAAACCCCCUCUGGAGGUUCCCCAGACCACCGCCCAGCCGCCUCUGGAGUCCUUCCCCCUACCAGAGCGCUUCUGUGAGACCACGGAAAAGAGGGACAUCGUGUGGCCUCAGACCCAGAGGGGCAUGUUAGUAGAGAGGCCUUGCCCCAAGGGGACCCGAGGCACCGCCUCUUAUUUAUGUGUACUUGCCACGGGGACCUGGCACCCAAAGGGCCCUGAUCUCAGCAACUGCACUUCCCACUGGGUCAACCAAGUAGCGCAGAAGAUCCGUAGUGGUGAGAACGCUGCCAACCUGGCCAACGAGCUGGCGAAGCACACCAAAGGACCCAUCUUUGCCGGCGACGUGAGUUCAUCAGUCCGACUGAUGGAACAGCUGGUCGACAUCCUGGAUGCUCAGCUUCAGGAGCUGAGACCCAGCGAGAAAGACUCUGCGGGCCGCAGUUUUAACAAGCUUCAAAAACGAGAAAGGACAUGCAGGGCAUACAUGAAGGCCAUUGUAGACACAGUUGACAACCUUCUAAGACCAGAGGCUCUGAAGUCCUGGCAUGAUAUGAACAGCACGGAACAGACACAUGCUGCUACUAUGUUACUGGAUACCCUAGAGGAAGGAGCGUUCGUCCUUGCCGACAACCUAAUGGAGCCGGCUAUUGUGAAAGUACCCGCUGAUAAUAUAAUCCUGGAUGUGUAUGUGCUCAGCACGGACGGCCAGGUUCAGGAUUUCAAAUUUCCACAGGCCAGCAAGGGUGGUGUUUCUAUCCAGCUGUCGUCCAAUACUGUCAAGCUCAACAGUCGGAAUGGUGUUGCCAAGCUGGUGUUUGUUAUGUACAAAAACCUUGGGCAGUUUCUCAGCACUGACAACGCCACGAUCAAAAUGUCCAACGAUGCUUAUGGGCGGAAUGUGUCGGUGGCCGUAAAUUCAGACAUCAUCGCCGCCUCCAUCAACAAAGAGUCCAGUCGUGUGUUCAUCACGGACCCUGUGAUUUUCACCCUGGAACACAUUGACAUGGACCACUACUUCAACUCCAAUUGCUCCUUUUGGAAUUAUUCGGAGAGGAGCAUGAUGGGAUACUGGUCCACCCAGGGCUGCAAGCUCCUGGGCUCCAAUAAGACCCACACCACCUGCUCCUGCAGUCAUCUCACCAACUUUGCAGUUCUCAUGGCACAUCGGGAAAUCUCGGGCCAAGUUGGAGUGCACGAAUUACUCUUGACUGUCAUCACCCGGGUGGGCAUCGUUGUCUCGCUGGUGUGCUUGGCCAUCAGCAUUUUCACCUUCUGCUUCUUCCGGGGCCUGCAGAGCGAUCGCAACACCAUCCACAAGAACCUGUGCAUCAAUCUCUUCAUUGCCGAGUUAAUAUUCCUAAUCGGUAUUGAUAUGACCGAACCCAAGGUUGGCUGUUCCAUCGUCGCUGGGAUUUUGCAUUUCUUCUUCCUGGCCUCGUUUUCCUGGAUGUGUUUGGAGGGCGUUCAGUUGUACCUGAUGAUGGUGGAAGUUUUCGAGAGUGAACAUUCAAGGAAAAAGUACUACUAUGUAUCUGGAUACCUUCUCCCAGCCAUUGUGGUGGGUGUCUCUGCUGCUAUCGACUACAGGAGCUACGGGACAAAGAAAGCUUGCUGGCUAAGAGUGGACAAUCACUUCAUAUGGAGCUUUUUAGGACCUGUCACCUUCAUCAUCAUGCUCAAUCUCAUCUUCCUGGUCAUCACCAUGUACAAAAUGGGGAAGCACUCCACUACUCUGAAACCAGACUCCAGCAGAUUGGAGAACAUCAAUAAUUAUCGCGUUUGUGACGGCUACUAUAAUACCGAUUUGCCUGGCUAUGAAGAUAAUAAACCAUUUAUCAAAUCCUGGGUCCUGGGGGCGUUUGCACUGCUUUGCCUGAUGGGACUGACGUGGUCGUUCGGCUUGUUCUUUAUCAACGAGUCCUCUGUGGUGAUGGCCUACCUCUUCACAAUAUUCAACACCUUCCAAGGAAUGUUCAUCUUCAUUUUCCACUGCCUUCUCCAGAAAAAAGUCCGUAAAGAGUACAUCAAAUGUUUCCGCCACACAUAUUGCUGUGGUGGCUUACCAACUGAGAGCUCACACAGCUCAACAAAGACCUCCACCACAAGGACAAGUGCACGCUACUCCUCGGGCACACAGAGCCGUAUCAGGAGAAUGUGGAAUGACACCGUAAGAAAGCAAUCUGAGUCCUCCUUUAUCUCAGGUGACAUCAACAGCACCUCCACCCUUAACCAAGGAAUGACGGGCAAUUAUCUUCUAACAAACCCUCUUCUUCGACCACAAGGCACUAACAACCCUUAUAACACCUUACUGGCUGAAACAGUCGUAUGUAACGCUCCCAGGGCUCCAGUGUUUAACUCUCCAGUGACCUACAGAGAGACAAGACACUCACACACACUGAACCAUCCCAGGGACACCAGUGCAAUGGAUACUCUACCGCUAAAUGGUAACUUUAACAAUAGCUACUCGCUUCGCAACGGGGAUUACGGCAACAGUGUGCAGGUGGUGGACUGUGGACUCAGCCUGGACGACGCAGCCUUUGAAAAAAUGCUAAUAUCUGAGCUGGUGCACAAUAACCUCCGGGCUUGCAACAAGAGCCACAACCACCAUGUGGAGCGGGGGGCUCCUCUUCCUCCAUCGUCCAAGAGGGUGCACGUGGUGGGCGGGAGCAGCAGCGAAGAUGAUGUCAUCGUGGCUGACACCUCAUCUUUGGUGCACGGCCACAAUAUCAACACACCGGUUGGCCUGGGCAUAGAGCUGCACCACCGGGAGCUGGAGGCCCCGCUCAUCCCCCAGCGGACUCACUCACUUCUGUACCAUCCGCAGAAGAGAGUGAAGACCACUGAGGGGGGCUUGGAGAGCUACGUCAGCCAGCUCACGACCAACGAGCACGGGGACAGCCUACAGUCCCCAAACAGAGACUCUUUGUACACUAGUAUGCCCACCCUAAGGGACUCUCCAUACCCCGAGAGCAGCCCUGAUGCGGAGGAGCUGGAGGACCUCUCGAGCCCCUCUAAGAGGAGCGAGAACGAGGACGUUUACUACAAGAGCAUGCCUAACUUAGGAGCAGGACACCAGCUCCAAGCGUACUACCAGAUAAGUAGAGGAAACAGUGACGGUUACAUCAUCCCUAUUACUAAAGAGGGCUGCAUCCCUGAAGGAGAUGUACGGGAAGGACAGAUGCAGUUAGUGACAAGCCUUUAAAAUAUAUUUAAAUCAUCGUCCCCUGUCCGCAGUCCCGACAUCCUCGAGGACAAACAGUACUGUACUCUGAGAGAUGCCGGGGAAGUUUUUUUCAGAGAGCCUUAGAGCCCCCAACAUGCACGCACGCACACACACACACACACUCAGUCACUCCUCUCCCCCCAGACUCGCCACACCCCAUCCUCCUCACAAACCAACAGACUUAAGUGCACUGCGAUGGCAGUGCGACAUUACCCCGACCGCUGGAGUGGAGUUUUAAACAGACUGUAUAUAAAAUGCAGAGUUCAAUUAAAGACACAUGCCAUUUCUGUAUUUAAUUAUUCUGCUGCUGUUGCAUUUUAAAAAAGGAUAUAAAAAAACGAUUUAAAAAAUGUUAUCGGCCAAUCCAGUUCAGCAGUUUUUUCUGGCCAAAGGUUGUACAUACACUCCCACCAUCCUUGUCAAGCCUGUUUUGUAUUACAUACAAAAUGAAGCUCUCGGACCAGGAUAAGGACUUAUUUGUUUGAUGGUGUUCCUGAUCAGACUAUUAAUUAGGAAUAUAAGGUCCUGGAUCCUAGAGUUGUCCCCAUCACCGUGAAGGUUGGAUUAACCACUAGCAAUCAAGCCCCAGGCCUUAUAUUUUCUCAAUUGAGCUGUUGUCAAGGGAAAUGGCAAAAUUAAUAUAUAUUUUGCUAGUGUAAAAUAAAAUUCAUGGAAACCCGUAAAUAUAAAGAAACCUUUUAAUUGAAAAUGUAACAUUUGAAGAGAAUAUUGUGUAAAAGUUGCACAUAUGUUAUAAAAUGUGUUUAUAGUUCUUACACAUCAUUCAUUAUCGUAUGUUUGAACAAAAAAAGUAGAUGAAAACAAAAUAAGUCUACAAAGAACAAGGUUAAUGCAUACUAAUUUGUUCCACUUGUGAAGUGUUUUUCCAUACUGAAUUCAUAUACAGUAUGUUGUCCAUUUGAAAUUUAUAUGAUUUUAUAUUGCUAAAAGGUCGUUAUUUUAGUAAAGUGGGAAUACAACAGUGCCCUAUGAAAGUCAUGCAAUACAAUUUUCUGGGGGGUGAAUUUGAUUUAAAUAAUCUAAUCGGAUAAACAAUCAUGACAUAGAAAUGGGCCACUCAAGACUAACAUCCACUCGAGAUAAAACAUUUACCAUAACAUUUUUAUUCAUUAUACAUGUAUUUCUUCUGCCUGGGUAUGGACAUUUAUUUAUUGAAAUAUUUUCAAAAGAUUAUACAUUGGAAAAUGGAAUAUUUUCCAGCACUGGUAUACAUAGUCCUUCUUUUUAUGUAAACAUGCUAUUAAGGGGCCCAUCAAUAAAGACAAAUGUAAAGUUCAACACUUGUUUAACAAAUAAAUAAAUGUGAGAUUUUUUUGUAAAAUGACAGUUUUAUUAAUGUUUUGUGUUUUUGUACCAUUGGAGAAGUUUUAGGCUUGAUUAUUUUGCUAUGGACAAAAUACACUUUUGACUCAAGUCAUGAGUACAUCCCAAGCACCUUGGAAGGUUAUCAGUGAUAUAUUUUCAGAGGGAUUGCUUUGCUUUUGUUUUCUAUCAAAGACUUUGCCUAUUAGUCAAGCUCAUUUCACCUUAUGUGUUGAUAAGCCAAAUCUUUCCAUGUGAUUCAAUUAUGAGAAACUCAGGUAGGAAAAUUACAUUGUAAAUGUUCCUCUGUGUGGUUGUAACACUCCAAUAAAAGUUCGAAAAUUACACCGGUU